CUCUUUAUAAGGAGAGGCACUCUGAGAAAGAGGACAUUGUAGGGACCCACUCCACGUGAUGUUUUCUUGGUUGCCUGUUCCCUUUUCUACCUGCAGAGCACGGUUCCCAUAAGGGCAGCAGGAUCAGCCUCCUCUCUCAUCUGGAAGCCACCACUUUGGGGUCUCAGAGGAAUGAUGGAAGCCUUGGGGUUCCUAAAAUUGGAAGUGAAUGGCCCCAUGGUGACGGUGGCCCUGUCAGUGGUUCUCUUGGCCCUCCUGAAGUGGUACUCCACGUCAGCGUUCUCAAGACUGGAGAAGUUAGGCAUCAGACAUCCCAAGCCUUCUCCUUUUAUUGGAAACUUGAUGUUUUUCCGCCAGGGUUUUUGGGAAAGCCAAAUGGAGCUCAGAAAACUGUACGGACCUCUGUGUGGGUACUAUCUUGGUCGUCGGAUGUUUAUUGUUAUUUCCGAGCCGGACAUGAUCAAGCAGGUGUUAGUCGAGAACUUCAGUAACUUUACCAACAGAAUGGCAUCGGGUUUGGAGUUCAAGUCUGUAGCCGACAGUGUUCUGUUUUUACGUGACAAAAGGUGGGAAGAGGUCAGAGGUGCCCUGAUGUCUGUUUUCAGUCCUGAAAAGCUGAACGAGAUGGCUCCCCUCAUCAGCCAAGCCUGCGACCUUCUCCUGGCUCAUUUAAAACGCUAUGGAGAUUCUGGGGACGCAUUCGACAUCCAGAGGUGCUACUGCUGUUACGCCACAGACGUGGUUGCCAGCGUCGCCUUCGGCACCCCGGUGGACUCCCAGCAGGCCCCUGAGGAUCCCUUUGUGAAACACUGCAAGCGUUUCUUCGAAUUCUGCAUCCCUAGACCUAUCCUGGUUUUACUCUUAUCAUUUCCAUCCAUAAUGGUCCCACUGGCCCGGAUUUUGCCCAAUAAGAACCGAGAUGAACUGAAUGGCUUUUUUAACAAACUCAUUAGGAAUGUGAUUGCCUUGCGGGACCAGCAAGCUGCCGAAGAGAGGCGGGGAGACUUCCUCCAAAUGGUCCUGGAUGCCCGACAUUCUGCAAGUCCCGUGGCCGUGCAAGACUUUGACAUUGUCAGAGACGUCUUCUCCUUUACUGAGUGCAAGCCGAACCCCUCCCGGCAACACCAGCCCAGAGCCAUGGCCAGGCCUUUGACUGUGGAUGAGAUUGUGGGCCAGGCCUUCAUCUUCCUCAUUGCUGGCUAUGAAAUUGUCACCAACACACUUUCUUUUGCCACCUACCUACUGGCCACCCACCCCGCCUGCCAAGAGAAGCUUCUGAGAGAAGUGGACCUUUUUAAGGAGAAACACGCGGCCCCUGAGUUCUGCAGCCUCGAGGAAGGCCUGCCCUAUCUGGACAUGGUGAUUGCAGAGACACUGAGGAUGUACCCACCAGCUUUCAGGUUCACACGGGAGGCAGCUCAGGACUGCGAGGUGCUGGGGCAGCACAUCCCGGCAGGUGCCGUGCUGGAGGUGGCCGUGGGUGCCCUGCACCAUGACCCAGAGCACUGGCCAAGCCCUGAGACCUUUGACCCUGAACGCCAUUGUGUUUUCACCUUUCAUGGCUCCAAGUGAACUCAGCCCAACUCUACAACCCAGCCACUGGGAAAGUGUGAGCAAUGGGAUCUAUGCAGAUAAUAUUCCACAGUCAGCAACUCCUGAACACGCCGCAGCUACAGGGCUUACAGCCUCACGAUAAAGCCCAGAGGCAGUAAGAAGUGAGCUCACUCUUACAGAAGAGUGAGUGCCAUCUAGCUUCAUUGUCAUGGGCCACACGCUGCAGGCAAAUGCGCUAUUUGGUGGGAGAUUCAGCAGUUCCGAGGAAAGGCCUCCAGCCGUCCGGGUACUGCAGCUCCCAAUGGGUCAAGUUUCCAGUGCUGGGGCCUGUCAAGCAAGUGUGGGCUGGGGAGGCACUGCCAGUGUGGCUCGAGACCAGCAGGACAAGCAAGCAGGUCAUGGCCCCCAGGGAGGGCUGGGGAGGUGUAGAGGUGCCUGGUACCCUGCCAAGGAAGUAAGCAGGUGGUGGCUGAGUCAUCCUGUGGGAGGGGAGGUGGUGCCAUGGGCCCAGGUGAGGGCUGUGAUUGCCGAGCCCUGUGGUUCAGGGAUGCUGUGUUUUGACUCUAAUUGUGGGUGGCGGUAAGUCUGUGGGCUUAUUACCCACGCACUGAAUUCCUAAGGAGAGGCAGGGAGGGCGCUGUGGACAUUGCAGGUGAUUCUGUGAAUUCAGCUCUGCCGGGGCUGUGCAGGAAGACAGGCGGACAGGAGCAGAGCGGGACUGAGGAUCAGGAAUGAGCAGCCACCAGCUCCCAGAGCCUUCGGGACAUCCUUGUCUCAGAUGCAGGGGUGGCUCAGCUGGAGCACAGGGCUGCAGAGGG